CCACAGCCCUGCGCCCCCCGCCUCAGCAGCCCCCCAAACCAGCCCCCCGCCCUGCAAUGACUUGUUAAUCCGCUCCGACACCACCGAGGGGGACGCACCGAAGUGAGAUCCAAGUGCAAUUGGAUUUGGAAAAGAGUUUCUUGAACAUUUACCUGGGUCCUUGUUGGUUUAUUCUUCUUCCUUCGUUUUUUUUUCCGUUUCUUUUUUUCCUUUUAAAAAUUUAUUUUUUAUUUUUUAUUUUUGGCUCCCCCCGCUCCUCCCUCUCCCUUCCUUCUCUUUUCCUGUUAUUGGAGAUGAACACAGCUCGGUUGCAUCCCAGAAAGUAGUCGCCUGCGACUGUUGCCCCAAAAGAGACAAGCACACAUGUAGGAAUGACAAAGGCUUGCGUAGGAAAGAGCGCAGCUCGAGGCCCAGGGAGAUCUUCUCGAUAAUGGAUUACUAAAUGGGAUACACGCCGUACCAGUCCGCUCCGAGCCCCGGCCGCCUGCCUGUCGAUGCACCGAAAAGGGUGAAGUAAAGAAAGAAAGUCUCCCCGCCGAACUACUAUGAGGCCAGAAGCCUUGCUGCUAUAUCUCACACUGCUGCGCUUCGCUGGGGCUGGCUUCCCAGAAGAUUCCGAGCCAAUCAGUAUUUCGCAUGGCAACUAUACAAAACAGUAUCCGGUGUUUGUGGGCCACAAGCCAGGACGGAACGCCACACAGAGGCACAGGCUGGACAUCCAGAUGAUCAUGAUCAUGAACAGAACCCUCUACGUUGCUGCUAGGGACCAUAUUUAUACUGUUGAUAUAGACACAUCCCACACAGAAGAAAUAUAUUGUAGCAAAAAGCUGACGUGGAAAUCUAGACAGGCCGAUGUAGACACGUGCAGAAUGAAGGGAAAACAUAAGGACGAGUGUCACAACUUUAUUAAAGUUCUUCUCAAGAAAAAUGACGAUGCUUUGUUUGUCUGUGGAACCAAUGCUUUCAACCCUUCCUGCAGAAACUACAAGAUCGACUCCUUGGAGCCUUUUGGGGAUGAAUUUAGUGGAAUGGCCAGAUGCCCUUACGAUGCCAAACAUGCCAACAUUGCCCUGUUUGCAGAUGGAAAACUAUACUCAGCCACGGUGACUGACUUCCUCGCCAUAGAUGCGGUCAUUUAUAGGAGUCUCGGUGACAGCCCUACCCUCAGGACCGUCAAGCAUGAUUCAAAAUGGCUAAAAGAACCAUACUUUGUCCAAGCAGUGGAUUACGGAGACUAUAUUUACUUCUUCUUCAGGGAAAUCGCUGUGGAAUACAACGCCAUGGGGAAGGUGGUUUUCCCGAGGGUGGCUCAGGUGUGUAAAAACGACAUGGGAGGCUCUCAGAGGGUCCUGGAGAAGCAGUGGACAUCUUUCCUCAAGGCUCGCCUGAACUGUUCCGUCCCCGGGGACUCUCAUUUUUAUUUCAACAUACUCCAGGCAGUGACAGAGGUGAUUCGCGUUAAUGGUCGUGACGUUGUCCUGGCAACCUUUUCCACACCUUAUAACAGCAUUCCUGGCUCUGCAGUCUGUGCCUAUGACAUGCUUGACAUUGCCAACGUCUUCACUGGGCGAUUCAAGGAGCAGAAGUCUCCUGAUUCCACCUGGACACCAGUUCCUGAUGAGCGAGUUCCGAAACCCAGGCCAGGUUGCUGCGCUGGCUCGUCCUCCUUAGAAAAAUACGCAACCUCCAAUGAAUUUCCCGAUGACACCCUGAACUUCAUCAAGACCCAUCCGCUCAUGGACGAGGCGGUCCCUUCCAUCAUCAACAGACCAUGGUUUCUGAGAACGAUGGUCAGAUACCGUCUGACCAAAAUUGCAGUUGAUAGCUCUGCUGGGCCAUAUCAGAAUCACACUGUGGUUUUCCUGGGAUCAGAAAAGGGAAUCAUCUUGAAGUUCUUGGCCAGGAUAGGAAGUACUGGGUUCCUCAAUGACAGCCUUUUCCUGGAAGAGAUGAAUGUUUACAACCCAGAAAAGUGCAGCUAUGAUGGAGUAGAAGACAAAAGGAUCAUGGGCAUGCAGCUGGACAGAGCCAGCGGCUCUCUGUAUGUGGCAUUCUCGACAUGUGUGAUCAAGGUGCCCCUUGGCCGUUGUGAACGACAUGGGAAGUGUAAAAAAACCUGUAUUGCCUCCAGAGACCCAUAUUGUGGGUGGGUAAAGGAAGGAGGUUCCUGUGCCCAUCUGUCACCCCUCAGCAGACUGACUUUUGAGCAGGAUAUAGAGCAUGGAAACACAGAUGGCCUGGGAGAUUGUCACAAUUCCUUCGUGGCACUGAAUGACAUUUCCACUCCUCUACCAGAUCAUGAAAUGUCUUACAACACAGUGUAUGGGCACGCCAGUUCUCUCUUGCCCAGCACCACCACGUCCGAUUCGGCAUCUCGAGAGGGGUAUGAGUCUAGGGGAGGCAUGCUGGACUGGAAGGAUCUGCUCAUGUCUCCUGGCAGCACAGAACCUUUGGGGGCGGUGUCUUCCCAUAACCUUCAAGACAAGAAGGGAGUGAUCCGGGAAAGUUACCUCAAAGGCCACGACCAGCUCGUCCCCGUCACCCUGCUGGCCAUCGCGGUCAUCCUGGCCUUCGUCAUGGGGGCCGUGUUCUCGGGCAUCGUGGUGUACUGCGUGUGCGACCACCGGCGCAAGGACGUGGCGGCGGCGCAGCGCAAGGACAAGGAGCUGGCGCACUCGCGCCGGGGCUCCAUGAGCAGCGUCACCAAGCUCGGCGGCCUGUUCGGCGACCCCCAGUCCAAGGACCCGAAGCCCGAGGCCAUCCUCACGCCCCUCAUGCACAACGGCAAGCUGACCACUCCCGGCAACACGGCCAAGAUGCUCAUCAAGGCCGACCAGCACCACCUGGACCUGGCCGCCCUGCCCACGCCCGAGUCCACGCCCACGCUGCAGCAGAAGCAGCGCAAGCCGAGCCGCGGGGGCAGCCGCGAGUGGGAGCGGAGCCAGAACCUCAUCAACGCCUGCACCAAGGACAUGCCCCCGCUGGGCUCCCCGGUGAUUCCCACGGACUUGCCCCUGCGGGCGUCGCCGAGCCACAUCCCCAGCGUGGUGGUGCUGCCCAUGGCGCAGCAGGGCUACCCGCACGAGUACGUGGAGCAGCCCAAAAUGAGCGAGGUGGUGGUGGCCCAGAUGGCGCUGGAGGACCAGGCGGCCACCCUGGAGUAUAAGACCAUCAAGGAGCACCUGAGCAGCAAGAGUCCCAACCACGGGGUGAACCUCGUGGAGAGCCUGGACGGCCUGCCCCCCAAAGUCCCGCAGCGCGAGGCCUCGCUGGGUCCCCCCGGCGCGCCGCUGUCGCAGGGCGGCCUGAGCAAGCGGCUGGAGAUGCACCACUCCUCUUCCUACGGCCUGGACUAUAAUAAGAGGGGUUACCCCACGAACUCGCUCACGAGGAGCCACCAGGCCGCCACCCUCAAAAGAAACAAUACUAACUCCUCCAAUUCCUCUCACCUCUCCCGAAACCCGAGCUUCGGCCGGGCGGACAACCCGCCCCCCGCGCCGCAGCGGGUGGACUCGAUGCAGGCGCACGGCGCGCAGCCCGCGGGCGCCGCGGUGACUGUGUCCCGGCAGCCCAGCCUCCACGCCUACAGCUCGCUGACCAGGUCGGGGCUGAAACGCACGCCCUCGCUAAAGCCGGACGUCCCCCCCAAGCCCACCUUUGCUCCCCUCUCCACGUCCAUGAAGCCCAAUGACGGCUGUACAUAAUGCCCGGGGGUGGGUGGGGACCAGGAGUCGAGAAAAACACAGCACCGUGAGCUCGCCAGACCUAGCUCAGCAAGGCUCUCCAUCUGCCUCCAGUCUCGUCGUCCGUGCUACCCAACCAAGACGGGGAGGGGGGACCCCCCCCCUCGCCCCCCGCCGCCGCUGCCGCAGCCCUGCGAGAGCUGGGCACGCUUGAGUCCUCCUGUCGGGGACACAGGGGUACUCUCGAAAAUUGGGCCAUGGGGCUUGGUGAAGGUGUGCAACGGUGGGACUCACCUCCACGCUCUUCCUUCCUCCCCUCCCCCCUCCCCCACACCCUUACAGCAGGUCGGACCCACAAAAGACUUUUAAGUAUCAUCACGAACAUGAGCCAAAAGCACAUACCCACCCCGUGCGCACACACACAGACACGCACACCCCCACACGUGCACACACACACACAGAGGUGAACAGAAACUGCAACGUUUUGGCCAUGACUCCACGGGACGUUACCAAAUUGGGCUAAUGGUUCCAAUCUUCAAAACACACUUUUUUUUUUAAUCAUGAAAAUUUAAAAAAAAAAAAAAAGGACAAAAAAAAAUAAAGAAUCCAUUGAUAAAUCUAACUCAGACUUUAACAAUGGCAGAAGUUUACUAUGCGCAGAUACUGUGAAAUGCCCACCAGUGUUACAGCUUUCUGUUUAUAGCAGAUCCAUGCCAUGUUGGGCAACUAUGUCAUAGAUUUCUGCUCCUCCUCUCUUUUAAUGAAAUAACGUGACCGUUAACGCAAGUAACUCUUUUAUUUAUUGUUCUCCUUUUUUUUUUUUUCCUUAAGGAAAGGACUCUCAAAUAUCCUAUGAACAGCUGUUCCGAAGCCCACUGAAAGUUAAGCUAUUUAACGUGAAAUCCAUUAACUGGAAUAAUUGAGUUUCUUUAUUUUUACAAUAAAUUCACUGAGUAAAUAAGUUGGAGCUGGGAUUCUGAGCUUUUGUUUGGACUAUUGGGUCAGUAGCUAAAGGAAGGUGUUCCAAUGGGGAUAUUUAUUUAAAUCUAUCUCCCAGUUAAUUUGCUGUUCAGGUCUCUGGCUAAUUAACAUGCAAAAAAAAAAUCAGUUUUAAAGUCCUUCCAGAUCCGUUUAGAAGGGCAUGUCAGGUCCCGUUGCUCACCAACGUGGCUUUGUCGGUGGUUCCUAGCUGUCUGUGAAGGCACCAGCUUGUGGUGCCCCAUCUCAUUUCACCUUGCAUGUGAGACGGCAAACAGAAUCCACAAACAGUGUGAACUGGUUAAUACGCUGGCUGCUACCUUGCAUAACUUAAUGGUUUGAUCACACGGGUUUUUCGUGGGGUUCCAUCUGUGAAUAGCCUGUUUUUCCACAUGUAAAUUUGUGCCUUACACCUGAGUUGUGUACACUUGUAAACUGUCAUGAUGAGCAACCUUUAUUUCCUCUUGAAAUAAAUGCAGAUAUUUAUUUAACGCCCUCCCCCACCAGCGCCCCUGGAGGACUGGAGUCUAGCAGAAGGAAGAAGAACCCCGCCGUGCUCGGGCAGCGGCCUGGGAAGGCCGGGCAGCGCCACGCCCUCCAAUUCACACUGCCUUCUAGUCGUGCCAACUUCAACCACCCCUUUGGCUGUGUGGCGAAGCGUGGACCCCAGUGUUGUGGGUGGCAGAUUCCGUUCCUCUGGAGCCCCCUGCUUCCUUUAUAGUCCCAGAUCAUUUCAAUAUGGGGACAUCCUCACUGGGCAGCAGCAAGCCCCCAUUGCUGCUGUAUCCACGGGCUGAAGAACAUGCUGUGUGGAGUUGGGCCAGCGACUAGGAGUCUCCCAGCCAUGCAUGCCCUCAGCACACCCUGCAAUGCACACAGAGCAACGACACGGGAAUAGAUGCAGGCAGGCUGGUCCCUGCUGCUGUUAAUGAGUAACUCAAAGUACAAGGCCAACCACAAUGGAUGCUGCAAAAACCGUUGACUGGGGCAAAAGAAGUUUUUUUUAUUAUUAUUUUUUAAAUUUCUUUAUCCAUUUGUUAUUUGUAGAGGGAGGGGAUGGAGUGUGUUCCCUCCCCCCCCCCACUUGGUUUUCAUUUGCUAAAGCACACCGAAGGGACUUUUGUUUACUCUUUCAUGAACAAAAGAAUUGUCAGCAUACUGUAAACCUUGAGCAUUGUUGUCGGUGAAACUGUUUAACAGUAUGUUUGGUGGUCUUUUUGUUUUCUUUUUAUUUCCAGUUUAAUCUGGGUUUAGUUUUGUCUUUAAAAAAAAAAAAAAACAAUAAAAGCUUUCAGAAAAAGACUGACAAGGACAGUUUUGAGUUGGUUAGUGACAGAGUGGCAUCUCCACAAUCAGCAGUCACCUUGAGCCCUGAGUGUGCGGGGGAGAAGUACGCGGCCCUUCGUCCCAAGAGUCCCUUGCAGAUUGGCUGUUGUUUGGAGUAGCUUAUCUAUCGGUGUUAUGUUUGCGUUGUGUUUUGUUCUGUUUUGUUUUUUUUUUUUUUCCUGUUUGUUUCUUAGUAAAAAUCGGUGUUCAUGUCCUGUGACCUCUGUACCUGAAACCAUGAAGACUUUUCUAGAAACAGAUCAUUUUCUCCCUUGCCCUUUCUUCGCCAAUGCAGAAGUUAGGAAGGUCAUGGGUGUCUUGUCACCAGGUACCUUCUCCUCACGCUUGACUCCCAAGAGUGUUGACAGCCCGGCUCUACCCGGGUUCGUGGGCAUCAACUGCCUCAGCUGUGUUAGCAAACCCACGUCUCUGAAUCCCACAGCCCAUCACUUGCGGUGUUAACCCCACAGUGCCCACACGUAUUCAGCUGGUCUUUGGCAUUUAAGUGUCCCCCUUCCUUUUUUUUCUCCUACCACUUGUCGGGGAGGGUCCGUAAGCCUGAGUGUGCCUUUGCUUUCCACCCUGGCUGGACACUGUAGACAAACUCAGAUUUAUAUGUUGUAAAGUUGUAAAAAUAUUGUGACGUCACCAAUUGCCCUUCCAUCUCCACAUACCCUAACAUCCGAUUCACGGUUUAAUGUAUGUUGUAAAAAAAAAAAAAAAGAAAAAGAAAAAGAAAGAAGAAGAAAAGAGGGAAAAAUAAAAAGCAAGGAAAAGGCUCUUUAUUACUUAAGAGUAAUAAAACCAGACUGUUCUAUAUUA